AUGAGCUCGUCAUCGUUGUCUGAUUCUGAAUCGGAUUAUUUUCACAAUGUCAUAUCCGAAACCCUUAAAAGUCUCGAGAAUCCUAAAAGUAAGGUCGAGUAUGGAACUGCUGGUUUCAGAACCAGUGCGGAUCUUCUGGAUCAUGUCAUGUACAAGAUGGGUCUUUUAGCAGUGUUGAGAUCAAAGUUAAAGAAAGCUGCUAUAGGAUUGAUGAUCACUGCCAGUCACAACCCGGAACCUGAUAAUGGUAUUAAACUCGUUGAUCCUGCUGGUGAGAUGCUGGAAGCCUCUUGGGAGGCAAUUGCAACUGAUUUGGCUAAUGCGGAAAACAGUAGUUUGAAGGAGAAAUUGAAGCAAAUAUGUACAAACGAGAACAUUGAUUUAUCUGCAUCAGCUACAGUGGUAUUAGGUAGAGACACUCGCCAAACCAGUCCUAAGUUGAUGGAACUCGCCAGGAAAGGCGUCGAGGCAUUGAACGGUGCUGUUGUAAACCUGGAAUUAGUCACAACUCCACAGUUACAUUACAUCGUGCUAUGCACGAACACCAACGGUGUGUACGGCGAGCCUACGUUGCAGGGAUACUACUCGAAGCUCGCAACGACGUUCAAGAGCGUGAGAGGCGCUGAAAGAAACAAACAGUAUUACACGAAGGUGAUACAGCUGGACGCUGCGAACGGUGUCGGCGCUAUAGCCGCGAGAGAAUUUCAGAAACACUUGGGAGACUCAUUGGAAAUCGUCAUGUUCAAUCAUGGAAGCGAGCAGUUGAACCACAAAUGUGGCGCGGACUACGUCAAGGUGCAGCAAGCGAUGCCUCUGAACUUCCCGUCCGAGUCGUCCGUCAGAUGCGUCAGCGUGGACGGAGACGCCGAUCGAGUGGUGUACUUUUACCUGGACGAGUCUAAGAAGUUCCAUCUGAUGGACGGGGACCGAAUAGCGACGCUGAUAGCGGUCUACGUCAAAGAACUGCUGGAAGACAGUGGCUUGCCUUUACACCUGGGUCUGGUGCAGACCGCGUACUCCAACGGCGCGGUGACCGACUACAUCACGCGGGUGUUGGAGUUACCGGUGAAGUGCGUGCCGACCGGCGUAAAGCAUCUGCACAAGGAAGCGAAGAACUUCGACAUCGGGGUCUACUUCGAGGCGAACGGCCACGGCACCGUGCUCUUCAAGGACAGCGCCAAACGAGCUAUCCGCGAGCACGCGGAGAACGCGACGCUCUCGGAGGCGCAGAGAGCGGCCGUUACGAAGCUGAGGGCUGUGAUCGACAUGAUAAACGAGGCGGUCGGCGACGCGUUCAGCAACAUACUGUUGGUCGAGACUAUACUACACGCUAGAGACUGGGACACCCCUGACUGGGAACGAACUUACAGCGAGUUCCCGAAUAGGCAGCUCAAGGUCAAGGUUCUCGACAGGAACGUCGUGACGACGAUGGAUGCUGAGAGACGGUGCGUGACGCCGGCUGGCCUGCAAGAGGAGAUCGACAAGACCGUGUCGAAGUACGAGAAAGGACGAUCUUUCAUUAGGCCGUCCGGGACUGAGGAUGUGGUGCGGGUCUAUGCGGAAUGCGAGGACGCGUCGGAAGUCAACAAAUUGGCCGUAGAAGUGGCCGGACUCGUGCACGAUUACGCAGGCGGUUGCGGAGAGAGAGCCAGUUUGGAUAAGCUUUGAUAAGAUAAACGUCGCGAUUGCGAAACGAACUGAAUGUACAGUUUUGGUUUUACGCGUGAAUACUGAACGAAUGGA